UAGUCCAAUUUUACUUAUUAGUUGAAAAAUCGAGGACUUAUUUUUAGUAAAAGUUAAAACAAAAUAAAUGUAGCAUAAUUUUUAGUUGACACUGACAGUAUGUUGUCAAAUCUUUUAAAACAACAUCAAGUUCGCCAACAAGCUAGAAAAGAAGUACAGGAAAAAAGAAAGCACGAUGCCAUUGCUGCUUCUACAGCUUUGUCACAUUUGUUGGUGGACCAUCUAAAUGCUGGAGUGGCUCAGGCCUACGUGAAUGAGAAAAAGCUGAACACGGAGACAAAGAUUCUGCAGGAGAAUGCCGCCCAGUUCACGAGGCAGACUAUGCAGUGGUUGAAGUUGGUGGAAGAUUUGAAUACUUCGUUGAAGGAAAUAGGAGAUGUUGAAAACUGGGCCAAAAGUAUUGAAACAGACAUGCGAACCAUUUCUAGUGCAUUAGAAUAUGCCUACAGAAAAAGUGAAUGAGGUGAAACCAAAUACAGACCUGGUGUAUCGAUCAUGUGCAAUAUUAAUUAACAAUAACUAAAAGUUUGGAUCAUUCCUGGAUGUUAUAAAUAGUAUUUAUUCUGCAAAUAUAUAUUUGUAUAUAAUUGUGUUCUGGAGACAGUGAUACAUUGUAUAUUAGUAUCCCAUUAACAAAAAAUUUUUUGUUUUUGUUUAAUGACACCACUAGAGCCCAUCAAUUAAUUAAUCAUCGGCUAUAGGACGUAAAAAAUUGAUAAUUCUGACAGUCAUCAGAGAAAACCCGGUACAUUUUUCCAUCUGCAGCAAGUAUCCCAUUAAGAAGUGCUGUCAUUUAAAAAAUUGCCAAAUUGCAAGUAAACUUUGGUCAGAUUGAAUAUUAUUAUCUUAUUUAUUUAUUUAUUUUUGUUGGGUUUUUUUUUUUUGGAGGGGGAGGAGUUGUAAUAAUGUUGAAGGUGUUACUCAAUUUAUAUUCUUUUCAUUAAGCUAUUUGGAUUGUUGAUACAUGCAUAUUCCUACCAGGGCAAGAGUUAAACACUUAAAGAAACUGAAUAUAUAUGGUAUGAUAUCGAUACUACACUGUGCCACUAUAUAAUAUUUGUUUUACUAUUUAUGGGCCCUGAGCAGUUAACCUGUUUGCCAUUCCUUUUCAGUGUGCGAUUUUGAGGAGAGACUGGGAGCCCGAGGCUCCCAAAAAUCAUGUAAGACUCUAGCUUGGCUAGCAUGAGAGCCCGCACGGCUCGUAAAAAUUAUAUGUACAAUGUACAUAUUACAUUGAUUCUUCGAAAUGACACAGUCAACAUAUAUCUACAAAAUCCUGGGAAACCAGAGUCUUGAAUAACAAUCUUUUCCAUUGUUUCGUAUCUUCUGUUCCACUGGAGAUGCGAGGUAGGGCUCGUUGGGUUGGUGGCAGGCUCGAAAUAUUUGUAAAUCGGGAGUCCUUAUGACACUUAAAAUUGUAAAACCAAAAUCGCACACUGCUUUUAAUUCAUCACUGAUUGCAUAACAGAUACAAAUAUAUAGUUUUAAUAGAAGUGUUAUGAUUGUGUCCUUGGAUAUUAGGUUCAAAGCAUGUCGUCAGUAUUUUAGUAAUGACGGAGUUAUGAGUUAUUUUUCAUGGUUAUUAUUUUGUUUCUUUGAAACUGUUCCUCUUGAAAUAUGUUUGCCUUUGUUUUCGGGUGAAUCAUAUAGUAUGUCAUUGUGUUAUACAUAUAAAGCUUAAUAUAUUUUAUUUCUGUUCUGCUGUAAAGUUGGUCACGUGGAUUGCCAUGUUCACCACACAUCACAGCACCGUAUCAGAGUUUUAGUUGAAGCACAAAACAUUUAGCCAAACAAAAUAUAACAAAUUAGAUUCAUUAAAGAAAUAUUUUCAGUACUGUAGACUGAGUGACUUACUUAUUCUGAGAAAAACUAUUUAAAAACUUGUGUUUGUUUUGAUAAACAUGUACUCAGCAUGUACAAAGCCUGUUUUCCUUUAAUGUAGAAUUGUAGAUGUUUAAACAUUGUUAAUAUAUGUACUUAAUAUGUCAAAGACAGAGACAUAAAUGUGGUGCAAUAAUCUUCAGCAGGUGUGGGAAUUCUCCUCGGAUCAGCUGUUUUCCUCUCGUGGAACAUUGCGUUUCCUCGCAUUUUAAUCGUCCUUUCCUCCAAAAUGUGUCAGAUAGCAGAGAUUUUAACCUAGGAUUUCAAGAAUUUUCGGGACCCCUCUAGAUUUCCUCUUUUUUUACAGUUCACCAAUUCCCACCCCUGCUGAAGAUUUUAAGAUGUACACUACACAUACAAUAAUUAAUAUUAUUGUUUUGCAUUAUAAAAUAAAAUACAGGCCCUACCUACAUUUAGACUUGCUGUGACUGGGACAAGUGAUUAAACCCUCUCUGCCUUCCUACAUAUUUGAACAAACAAACAAGUUAUUAGUUUGAAUGUUGUACAUGUUAAGAAGAAUACGUAGAAAACAAGUUUGAAGAUGUGAUUUUAGUGCUGAGCAACUAAUAGUCUAUAAUGUGAUACAGUUUGCCGAUUGUCCGCCACAGACUAAGUAUACAUCACGCAUCAUAUGUGUAUUUAUAUAAUGUUUAUAUUGUUGUUUUAUACUCGAAUAAAUUAUUACCACUGA